UGGGCGGCCGCUGGGUUUUGUGGGACUGGGCUCUGGACAACUCUUUGCAGCGGGUGGGGUGACAGUCGGCUGUAGCUGCGCGCUCUGCCCAGCCUCCUCAAACUCUUCGCGGGAAGCGUCUGGGAACAGCUCCGAGGCCGCAGCGAAACCAGGUGGAGACGGGGGUUCGGAGGAGUAUCUGAGGGAACAGAGAUUGGAUCAAAUAACUGCAUCCAGAGUAUGGGGAAAAUGACAAAAUCAUGGAGAGUUUGCCCCAGGAGAGAGGCAAGUGUUAGGAUUUGAGGUGGGCAAUAGUCUGUGAAGUGUGGGUGGAUCAGAGAGGAGAAAACACUACAACGUAAGGGAAUGAUCAGGUGAGAAAGGACCAAAAGCCCCAAAUUUACCAUAGUAAAGACCCAAGUUGCUAAUCUAGGUUCUCUGAUGCACAGUUGGUCUUUCAGAGCUUCUUUCUCUGCCCCUAGCCUUGUCAUUUCAGCAUUCUGGCCUUCCCUGUGAGGAGGAAAAUCAAGUGAGGCCCAGGAAAGUCUCAGCCACACAUCUGAGUAAACUGUCCAUCCUUAGUGUAUUGUUUUCUUCUUUUAGAGCUGUGCCAUGGCAGAGACUGGGGAAGAGGAGACAGUAUCAACAGAAGCCUCAGGCUUCUCAGACUUGAGUGACUCAGAGUUUUUGGAGUUUUUGGACCUAGAAGAUGCCCAAGAGUCAAGUGCUUCACUUAGCAAGUCUGGCCCUUCUACUGAGCCCCCUGGGAAGGAUGACAAGCCUGUAAGCUUACAAAACUGGAAAAGAGGAUUGGAUGUCUCAUCGCCUAUGGAGAGAUUCCACCUUAAAUAUUUAUAUGUCACUGACCUGUCUACUCAGAACUGGUGUGAACUACAAACUGCAUAUGGGAAGGAGCUUCCUGGUUUCUUGGUACCUGAGAAGGCAGCUGUUUUGGACACUGGUGCCAGCAUCCACCUAGCUAGAGAACUGGAACUUCAUGAUCUUGUGACUAUUCCCAUUACCACUAAAGAAGAUGCCUGGGCAAUUAAGUUUCUGAACAUACUAUCAAUGAUUCCUACCCUGCAGUCAGGAGGGCGCAUCAGAGAAUUUCCAGUGUUUGGGGAAGUGGAGGGUGUGCUUCUUGUUGGAGUGAUUGAUGAGCUGCACUAUACAGCAAAAGGGGAACUGGAACUGGCUGAACUCAAGACACGCAGGCACCCUGUACUCCCUCUAGAAGCUCAGAAAAAGAAAGACUGUUUUCAAGUUAGCCUAUACAAAUAUAUCUUUGAUGCCAUGGUACAAGGGAAAGUGACCCCUGCUAGCUUAAUCCACCAUACAAAAUUGUGUCCAGAAAAGCCACUGGGGCCUUCAGUGCUAAGGCAUGCCCAGCAGGGAGGCUUCUCUGUGAAGUCUUUGGGUGACCUCAUGGAACUGGUCUUCUUGUCUCUAACACUGUCAGACCUCCCCGUUAUUGAUAUCCUGAAGAUUGAGUAUAUCCACCAAGAGACUGCCACUGUGCUAGGUACAGAGACUGUAACCUUUGAAGAGAAAGAGGUGAGGGGCAAGGUGCAGCAUUAUAUGGCCUAUUGGAUGGGACACCGAGAACCUCAAGGGGUCGAUGUGGAGGAGGCUUGGAAGUGCCGGACAUGCAACUAUGCAGACAUUUGUGAGUGGAGGAAGGGUGGUGGAGUGCUCAGCUCCACACUGAAGCCUCAGGCCAAAAAACCCAAAUGAAUAGAAGGUAUGCUUUCAGGAAUGUUGAUCGUUCCUGUGCCUAAUAUAUUAAUACCUAAGUUAAAGGACGAGUCUCUGGCUUUCAUAGAGUGUGUUCUUAUUUUGGUUCUUUUUUUAUUUCUACAACCUCUAACAACAUUCAUAUCCAGGACCAAGGCUCAAGAAUGAGUGGGAGCAAUACACCGUGGAGCUUUGCCAUGAAUUGCCAAGAAGAUUGAUGGUCAUCGUGGCUGGAACAAAAAUACUCUUCAGCAAACAUUGCUUUCCUCAGAAAAUUCUUUGGUUUCUGAUGUCUUCCCUAUUUUUUCUUAAUCAAGGAUUUCUACAUUUUACAUAAUAAAAUGAAAUGAAAUGCUGUC